AUGAGGUUCUCGAAGCUCUUCCUGGCGACUCUCGCGCCAGCGGGUCUGCUCGCCGAUGCCUCCAAGGCGGACCGCGAGCUUGACCUGGAUGAGUACCUCGCCCGGCACAAUCUUGCCCUUGUUCCCCGGUCGGAUCUGACAGAGGUCCUGGCUGAGCUUCAUGGUCUGCUCAAGAAAAAGAAUGGCACCCCUCAACAACGGGGGAGCUUGCCCAGGCUCUACACCCGGCAGAACAUGACUGUCGCUGGUGUAGGAAGCGAGCAGGGCAAUGAGCAGAGCACGGCUGGAGCAGAGGGCGGCACUUCAAGCAAUAACGCAGCCACCAACGUCCUUGGGCCUACUUCUCUGCUCCCACCUUUGAGUCCUACUAGUGGGCCCAGCGCUGGUGGUGAGAGCUCCACCCAUGGUUCUGGAUCACCAACCAGUGCCGGCUCUCCUUCAAACACACCACCGGCCGGAUUUGGGUCAGGGACUGGAAGUGGUUUUGGCAGUGGUCAGGGCGAUGGUCAAGGCAUCAACCUUGACGGUCUGGGAGACUUGAUCCCUGGCUUGGACCAGCUGGGCCAGUUGAUUGAGGGCCUGAACCGCCUGUUCGAUCAGCUUGCCAACUUCGGCGAUCUGUUCAACGCCAUCACUAAACUGCUCACUGAUGAGUUUCUCACUUCCCUCCACAACGCCAUGGUCUACCUCGAUGGGCUGCUGGCACCACCCACGUGGCCGCAGACCAAAGAAGUCCUCGCCAUUAUUUACCCCUUGGUCCAGUCGCUGUCCAAGAUCGACCUGCCAGGCAUCAUCGAGGAGGUCGCAAGUAUUGACAUCAAGGGCAUUGUCGCAGCGCUCGCUCCUGUCCUGGAACCUGAGACGAUCCAGCUCAUUGUCGGCUUGCUCAAGAACGCUGCGAACCUGCUGACUUCCGACAAUGUCGACCUCAUCAACGCGCUGCUCCAGAUUCUCCCUAUCCUGAUCAACCAGCUGGGAGAUAUUGACAUCGGAGGUCUCAUCGAGGCUCUCAAGCCUCUCCUUACUCCCGAGACUAUUAAGUCGCUGGUUGGCUUGCUGACCAAUGCUGGCAACCUUCUUACCUCCGAUAAUGUCGACCUCAUCAAUGCGCUGCUCCAAAUCCUCCCGAUCCUGAUCAACCAGCUGGGAGACAUCGACAUUGGAGGUCUCAUCGAAGCUCUCAAGCCGCUUCUUACUCCUGCGACGAUUCAGUCGCUGGUCGCCUUACUCGCUAAUGCUGGCAACUUGCUUACUGCCGACAAUGUCGACCUGCUUAACUCUCUGCUCCAGAUUGCUCCAAUCCUGCUCAACCAGCUGGGAGACAUUGACAUUGGCGGCAUCAUUGAUGCCCUCAAACCCCUCCUCACCCCCGAGACCAUCCAGAAGAUUGUUGGCAUCGUCACGAGCCUUGGCGAGAUCGACCUCCAGGCGCUUAUUGCUCAGCUUAAGCCCCUGCUCGACGCCCUCGGCGAGAUCGACCUUGCUGGUCUCGUCGCCCAGAUCGAGCCUCUGCUCAAGACUCUCUCAGAGCUCGAUCUGGCCGGCGUUCUUGAGUCCGCCAAGCCACUUCUCACCCCUGAAUCCAUCCAGGGUAUCGUCACCCUUCUGGCCAAUGCCAACAGCCUGCUUGACGCUGAAUCGGUUGCUCAGCUCAAGACCCUUCUUGGCAGCAUCGCCGGCUUGGACCUUGACAAGCUCCUCGACCAGCUCGAGCCUCUGCUCAAGACUCUUGGCGAACUCGAUCUGGCAGGAAUCGUCGCCCAGAUCGAGCCUCUCCUCAAGACACUGUCAUCCAUUGACCUGGUCGGUCUGCUCGACGCUGCCAAGCCUCUGCUCACGCCCGAGACGAUCAAGGUCCUCGUCACGCUUCUGGGUAAUGCCAACAGUCUUCUUACCGCUGAGGCCGUCACUCAGCUCAAGACACUGCUUGCCAGCCUCGCUGGACUCAACCUCGAGCAGCUCCUUGACCAGCUCCAGCCUCUGCUCAAGACGCUCGGCGAGCUCGACCUGGCCGGCAUUGUCGCCCAGAUCGAGCCACUCCUCAAGACUUUGUCCUCCAUCGAUCUUACAGGCAUCCUCAAUGCCGUCAAGCCUCUCCUCACUCCCGAGAGCAUCAACGGCCUGCUCGGCCUCGUUGGCAAUGCCGAGUUCCUACUUACUCGCGAAUUUGCCGAGCAGACCAAGACCGUCAUCGCCGGUGCCGUCCCUCUGGUCGGCGCCCUUGGCGGUCUCGACCUGGAGGGCCUUAUCGCCCAGGUCGGCCCUCUGCUCGAGGAGCUCGGCAAGCUCGACCUCGCCGGUCUCCUUGCCAAGGUCACACCCCUCCUCGACAGCCUCUCUGGCAUCGACAUCCAGGCUCUCCUUGCCAAGGUUACCCCUCUGCUCGACUCCCUCUCGGGCAUCGACUUGCAGGGCCUCCUGGCUCAGGCUGGUCCCCUCCUCCAAGCCAUCGGCCAGAUCGACCUGGUCGGCCUCGUCAACCAGGUCAAACCGCUUCUCAACGAGGUCUCACAGAUCGACCUUGGCGGUCUUGUCAAGCAGGUUGGCCCGCUCCUCCAGGCUGUCAGCAGCAUCGACCUGGUGGGCCUGGUCAACAUGGUCAAGCCUCUGCUCGCGAGCCUGAGCGGCAUCGAUCUGCAGGGUCUGAUCACGCAGGUCCAGCCUUUGCUCGCCUCCCUCAGCAAGAUCGACCUCGCCGGCUUGCUCGACCAGGCUGGUCCUCUGCUGUCCCAGGCUGGCCCACUGCUCGCCUCGCUCGGCCAGAUCGACCUCCCCGGCCUCAUCAACCAGGUCAAGCCUCUCCUGGAUGCCGUCUCGCAGAUCGACCUCCCCGCGCUCAUCCAGCAGGUGCAGCCUCUCCUCGGCGCUCUCUCCAAGGUCGACCUGGCCGGUCUCCUGGAGCAAGCCGGGCCUCUCCUUUCCCAGGCGGGUCCCCUGCUCACCUCGCUCGGCAAGAUCGACCUGGUCGGCCUCAUCGACAAGGCCGGACCUUUGCUCGACGCCGUCUCGCAGAUCGACAUCCCGGCCUUGCUCAACGCGGUCAAGCCCUUGCUCGCGAGCCUCAGCGGCGUCGACAUCAACGCCGUCAUCGAGGCCGUCAAGCCCUUGCUCACAACCGAGGGCAUCACCGGCAUCGUCAACGUCCUCAACAACGCCUCCAAGCUCAUCACGGCCAAGUUUGUCGCGCAGACGUCCGAGCUCAUCGGCGACGCCACUCCUCUCGUCGCCACGGUAUCAGACUUUGCUCUUGCCAUCCUCAAGGCUGUCCAGUCAGCCACUGCAUAG